UUUUAGUUUACUAUUAAACUCCAAGCUUUAAGUUUUCAGAAAUAAUUCACACUCUUCUCCCCUUCUCCAAACUCUCUUUCUAAAAUGUCCCCUGGUCUGUAAAACCACCCCAAAUCCCAGCCCAAGGUCCCGCCGGGUUCCCGGCGCAGGAGGAGCUCUGGGUGCUGGGAGCAGCUGGCGAUCCCCGUGUGCUCAGUUGGCAGAUGUGAACGGGGUGAUCGAGGAGGAGUUCACCAUGGCCAGGCUCUACAUCAGCAAGAUGAAGUCGGAGGUGAAGUCGCUGGUGAACCGGAGCAAGCAGCUGGAGAGCGCCCAGAUGGACUCCAACAGGAAGAUGAACGCCAGUGAGAGGGAGCUCGCGGCCUGCCAGCUCCUCAUCUCCCAGCACGAGGCAAAGAUCAAAUCCCUGACAGACUACAUGCAGAACAUGGAGCAGAAGAGGAGGCAGCUGGAGGAGUCCCAGGACUCCCUCAACGAGGAGCUGGCCAAGUUACGCGCUCAAGAAAAAAUGCACGAGGUCAGCUUCAAGGACAAGGAGAAGGAGCAUCUGACACGACUGCAGGAUGCAGAGGAGAUGAAG